GAGCCCGGCCCGCGCGCUGCCGGGCGCGGCCUCCUUCCCGCCUGCCGCCCGCCCGCGCCUCCCGGCGCCCGAGCUGCCCGCGGGCUGGGUCCCCGAGGCCCGAGCCGCCCCGGCCGGGCCCCCAAACGAGGCCGAGAUGACUUCCAAGGAGGACAGCAAGGCGGCGCCGGGGGAGGAGAGGCGGCGCAGCCCGCUGGACCACCUGCCGCCUCCCGCUAACUCCAACAAACCGCUGACGCCGUUCAGCAUCGAGGACAUCCUCAACAAGCCGUCUGUGCGGAGAAGUUACUCGCUGUGCGGGGCGGCGCACCUGCUGGCGGCCGCGGACAAGCACGCUCCGGGCGGCUUGCCCCUGGCGGGCCGCGCGCUGCUCUCGCAGACCUCGCCGCUGUGCGCUCUGGAGGAGCUCGCCAGCAAGACUUUUAAGGGGCUGGAGGUCAGCGUCCUGCAGGCAGCCGAAGGCCGCGACGGGAUGACCAUCUUUGGGCAGCGGCAGACCCCCAAGAAGCGGCGAAAGUCGCGCACGGCCUUCACCAACCACCAGAUUUACGAGUUGGAGAAGCGCUUCCUCUACCAGAAGUACCUGUCCCCCGCCGAUCGCGACCAAAUUGCGCAGCAGCUGGGCCUCACCAAUGCUCAGGUCAUCACCUGGUUCCAGAAUCGGCGUGCCAAGCUCAAACGGGACCUGGAAGAGAUGAAGGCCGACGUGGAGUCCGCCAAGAAACUGGGCCCCAGCGGGCAGAUGGACAUCGUGGCGCUGGCCGAACUCGAGCAGAACUCGGAGGCUGCGGGCGGCGGCGGCGGCGGCUGCGGCAGGGCUAAGUCAAGGCCUGGCUCUCCGGCACUCCCCCCAGGCGCCCCGCAGGCCCCGGGCGCCGGGACCCUGCAGCUCUCGCCCGCCUCCCCGCUCACGGACCAGCCGGCCAGCAGCCAGGACUGCUCGGAGGACGAGGAAGACGAAGAGAUCGACGUGGACGAUUGAGCGGCGCCCGGCAUCUUCCGCAGCCCCGGGCUCCUAGCGCUCUUUGCCCGCCACCUCCCGGACAGGACCGCCAAGGGGAGCUGGGACCUCCUCUGCAACUCCCGCCUUCUCCCCUGUCCCUGGCCCGGACUCGGCUCCCGGCAGCCGCCUCUUUCCUCUCGAAGCAAUAAACCCGGGCUGGCCGGCCAAGCCGGCUGCCGCGCGCGGCCUCCGCUGCCCCGGGAGCCCUCGCCGUGCAAUUCUGUAUGGCUUCUGUAUAAAUAUUUAAACCUAUAUACCGGGUUCUUCCCACCGCAGCCUGACUUUUUUCUUUCUUUCUUUUAUUUUUUAAAAUCUCGGAGUUUCCAUGUUCUCAAAGCUCAGGCUGCCGGGUUUGCUGAGGGCGAGAUAGAAUCGAGGGUAAUGAACACUUAACCUCGAGG